AUGGCGUCUUCAAGUAGAUUACCUGGGACAGGUUUAGAAGAGGUGGGUGUUCCAGGUCAGACUUUUCUCCGCGAUGCUUUAACUAGUUGUACGGACCCUUUAAAAGCUAUUGAAGAGUUUCAACUGGAAAAUGGCAUUCUUUUACCGUCGUUAAGGCCAAUGCUACCUUUGCUUGAUCUACAUGGUGUUCGUCGUCUUGAUUUUCAUACAUCAGUAUUGGAAGAAUUGAGAGAUAAACUUAUUGCACACAUAAAUGAACUUGGCUCCAAAGAAGGUAAAGAGAAUGACAAGAAAUUAAAAGAUCUCUUAGCAAAAAGCUUUGCGGUUGUUAGAGUAAAAGCUUUAAGGCCUGUAAUAAUGAGUAUCCUUAAAAACACUCCACUUAUUGAUGAUAAAUUUCUUCGUGUUUUGGUAAGGGACCGUGAAUUAUAUAAUGACACUGACACAGAGGUAAAACGUCAGAUUUGGCAAGACAAUCAAUCCCUAUUUGGAGAUGAGGUUUCUCCGUUACUCAGUCAAUACAUCAGAGAAAAGGAAAAUGUGUUAUUUGAUCAUGAGAAUCUAUCUAAUCUAUUCUUUUCCCCAUCGCCUAAAGUAAGGCGGCAGGGUGCUGUUGUUCAAAAGUUAGCUCAUAUGAUAGGCAAUAGUGUUAAGUUAUAUGAUAUGGUCUUACAGUUUCUACGCACAUUGUUUCUGAGAACAAGAAAUGUUCACUAUUGCACAUUACGGGCUGAACUUUUAAUGGCACUUCAUGAUCUGGAAAUACAAGAUAUUAUAUCUGUUGAUCCCUGUCAUAAAUUCACCUGGUGUUUAGAUGCUUGUAUCAGAGAGAGAAAUGUUGAUAUCAAAAGAUCUCGUGAACUUCAAGGAUUUUUAGACAGUAUUAAGAGGGGUCAAGAGCAAGUUCUUGGAGACUUAUCUAUGACUCUUUGUGAUCCUUAUGCAAUUAACUUUUUAGCAACAUCAGCUAUUAAAAUACUACAACAUCUAAUAAAUAUUGAAGGUCUGCCUAGAGAUAAUACAAUAUUGAUCCUUUUGCUUAGAAUGUUGGCAUUAGGUUUGAGCGCAUGGGUAAUGAUAGACUCGCAAGAGUUUAAGGAACCAAAGCUUGAUAGUCAAGUAGUAACUAAAUACCUACCUGCUCUAAUGUCUCUAAUGGUUGAUGAUCAAGUACGUGCAUUACACAAUAAGUUACCACCAGAUGAGAGAGAGUCUGCUAUUACUACUAUAGAGCAUUCAGGUCCCCCACCAGAUGCUUGUGAGGCUUACAUGAGAGAAAGUUCAGUGUGUGGUGUUUUAGCUAUGUACUAUACACUGCAUGCAGCAAAACUACGCGAUCGUGGAGCUCUCCUCCGAAUACUUAGUAUACUAGGAAGUUGUAAAGAUGGUCGUGCCUAUGAAGAUCCAUUUUUGCACGCACUUGUUGCACUAUUAAUACAACUACCAGAUGAAUUCCAAGGCGAAGACUUUAGCACGGUUUUGUUUGAUGAGUUCUUUUUUGCUGGACUAACAAAGGAUAAUGUUAUAAGACACAUACUAAAAUUACUAUGGUAUAUACAUCCCAAACUUCCUGAAACUAGAAUUCAAACUUUAAUGAAAGCUUUACAGCCAGGCACUCAACACAAUGAAUCUGUUCAUAAAUUACAUGAAGCUUUACAACAAAAAUUAAAUGCUCAAACUGAACCAGUUGCUAGCACAAGUGAAAUGGAAUAUUUGGACUCCCCUUUAAUGAGUGUACCGACACCUGCACCAUAUCACAUGUGA